AUGGCGCGACCCCAAAUCAAACCCAAACCAAACACAACCGAGGGCGCACCACCAAGAGUCAGAAAAGUCGGAAGGAUGACGGCGGCGCCGCGUAUCAACAGAAAACCCAACAAAGCUCUGAGGAAGAGAUACACAGUUCGUUAUGACAGUCCAGUCAACACGCGGCCAGAGAUUCCCAUACGGUCAUCCGAGAGUCCAGAGGAAGCCCGGAAGAGGGAGAGAGACGAGGCCAUCCAGAGGGCGCACAAGAUAGAUCAGGCCAAGUUGGCGGAGUGGGAAGCCCGCUGCAAGAGGUUGGAGUCACCGAACCCAGCAAAGAAGCCAGCAAAGAAGAGCACCAGAAAUGACGAUGACGAUGAAGAUGAGAUUGUAGAACUUCGCACCGUCAAGAAGGCACCGCUGAUGAUCCCAGCAAAGAGGGCCAGAGAUCACGGAGUAGAGGUUGUAGAACUUCGCGCCGCCAAGAGGGUGCGCACAGAUAAGGAGAGGGCCACGGAUGAGGAUGAUGAGGUGGUGAUUAUAGAACCUCCCGCCAGAAAUGAGAAGGAGGAGGAGGAAAAUCGUUUGAGGAACAUGGAGAUGAGGCGGUUGAGGUUAUUAGAGGCUGGUUUCAUGUAG